UAAAAAGGGGAUGGGACCCACCCACCGAAUAAGCAGCAUUUACUAAAAACGCCACGUGGACAAAAUGAAUGGAGUUCAAAUACCAACAGUGAGGGAACUGAACAACAAUGUUGAAACAAAUGAACAAACGAAGAAGAUGAUGAAUGUGAAACCCCUGAGCGAGAUCGAUGGCAAAGGCGAGGUGAGGCAUAGCCGUAGCUGCAGCAACAGUCAUGGUUCUGACAACAAGGAAAACGCCAAUGUGAACAACGUCGUAUUUCCAAAGUCAUUGUCAUUGUCCAACAAGAUUGUUAAGCCGUCGUCGCUACAGUUGUGUAUGCAAAUAAACGAUUCUUCAAACUCUUCAAAUAUUUGGGACCACUCUGACUCCGACGCAGCUCCUGCUUCCUCCUGGUCCACUUUGCCCAACAAAUCUUUGAUGUGUAGACCCUUGCCUAUAGAUAUAGGAAGAUGUACAUGUGUUAUUGUGAAGGAACCAACACCACAGGGACUAUCUGGGGGAACUUUCUUCUCUCUUUAUACCUAUGAAGGUCAUGGACGACAGAAUAGGAAACUGGGUGUAGCACACCACAAGAGGCGGAGUGGGAAGUCUCAGUUCACCAUAGCUCAGAAUGUAAAAGGACUAGUUUCCAUUUCAGAUGAUACUUUCCUUGGGACAGUAACUGCUAACCUCACCGGUUCUAAAUACCAUAUUUGGGAUCAGGGAUGUCGAAGCCGUAGUAAACAACCAAAUCCGCCUCUUGCUGUUGUUGAGUAUGUACCUACAAUACCAACAUGUACAGGAACUCACAGAAGCAUCAAAGCAUAUAUACCCAACCAUCAAUCUAUGUCUUUCAAGAACACCACCCAGGUACAGCAUAUUAAGGGACUGCCAAUGAAUUGGGAGGGUAAAUUGGACAAAGUACAUCAACUAUUCUCAAGGGUUCCAUUUUACAACAAGAGUACAAAGCAAUUUGAGCUCGACUUUAGAGAUAAAGGAAGGGUAGGACUUGGAAUCCAGAGAUCGGUAAAAAACUUUCAGCUUACUUUAGAGGAGGAUGGGAAGCAGACAAUCCUGCAGCUAGGGAGGGUGGGAAAAUCAAUGUUUGUUAUGGACUACAGAUAUCCUUUGACUGGUUACCAGGCGUUUUGCAUAUGUUUGGCUUCCGUUGAUGCAAAGCUUUGUUGCAUAGUCUAGUGUGAAAUCUCUGUUUCCACAAUUGGUUCAACCUCUGAACUCAAGAUGGAGAAAGAUGCCUUGGGAAUUAUUUGCCCAAGACAAACUAAUACAAGUAGUCUUGUGGAUUAUGUUGUUGAGUUCAUCUUUCUUUUGAAAAAUGAAGAUUUUGGAGUUGUCUACUUGUAUUUGCUUUGUUUCAGCUAGGAAGGUAGACUGCCAUUCACAUCUCGCAAAACUUAAAUGUAUAAAUCACUAUGCUCGGAUGAUCAGUUUGUUACUUUCAAAAAAUUUGAACUUUGUAAACUUUGGCUCAAAUGAACCAGAUAAAAUUACAUCAUGUUGCACUAGUACUUAAGAUUUAUUAUUUUCAGCAUUGUUUUUAUAAUUAUUAUCUAGCUACCUUGUAUCUCCCUGACAAAAAUGUUAAGACUAUUGAAUGCUCUAGGUAGUAGAUUGUCGAUUAUGAGAUGAUCAAACGGUGCUUAAUACUUAGAGACGACAAUGUAUUUUCUAACAUUGCCAAUUACAUAAA